AUCACAUAUUUCAGGCUAAAUACUAUCGCAUACGCCAAUUAUUUCUAAUAAACACGCAUUCCUGUGAUUCGCCCCCACUCCUAUUUUCUUUGCAUUCUCACUCCAACGUAGCUUCUUGUCUCACCUCCGAUUUCACGCCAUGGACCGCAAGGCAACAAAAUCAUCUCAACCGGGCCUGCUACAUCCUAGCGGUGUUAUUAGUGAUGCAUUCCAUAAACUAUACCUUAGAGACAGAAACGUGCAAAGGGAAAUUCGAGCAAGGAUGCACAGAUGUGCAUGGAAAUGUGCCUUGGGCAAGAUGUGACCGAGGAAGGCAAAAAGGCCAAAGUGAGAAGCUCCAAAAUAGAACAAGACCUCUCCGAGCAGGCUCAGAAUGAGAUGAAAGUGGUCAAAAUACUUAUGCUGGGAACUGCUGAGAGUGGAAAGAGCACUCUAAUCAAACAGAUCAAGAUCAUUCACAGUCACGGCUUCUCCAAACAAGACCUCAUCAGCUUUAAGCCUGCAGUCAUAGACAACCUUCUCACUUCUAUGAAGUUUGUCCUCCGAGGAAUGGGGAUGCUAAGGAUAAACCUGGCAGACAAGAAGAACAAGAGUCACGCUCGCUCCAUCCUGUCAUGUCGCCAAUGUUUGGGCAACGACCAGGAGUUGCUUCCCUUUGUGGCUCAUGCUUUCUGCGCGCUGUGGGCCGACCAGGGGGUGCGAGCGGCUGCCAUCAGAGGUUACGAGUUUGAACUCAAUGACUCUGCCCUCUAUUUCUUCCAAAACAUAAGUCGAAUCAUCGCCCCCAAUUACACCCCUACCGAGCGAGACGUUCUCCGAGUGAGAGUGAGGACCUGCGGCAUCAUCGAGACGCACUUCCAAGUUGAUGACAUUGUAUUCCGGUUGUACGACGUGGGCGGCCAGCGUAGUGAUCGAAGGAAAUGGCUGCGUUGUUUUGACGAUAUGCAGGCUUUGCUGUUCGUCGUAGCUCUGAGCAGUUAUGACGUGUCUCUUCCUGAAGACCCAACCGUGAAUCGACUGCAGGAAAGUUGUGAACUUUUUGCGUCGAUCUGCACCAACUCCAUCUUCAAGCUCACCUCAGUGAUUCUGUUCAUGAACAAAACUGACCUUUUCCAGGAGAAGAUACUCCUCUCUGGAAGACACCUGAGAUUCUACAUUUCUACUUUUCAAGGAGCAGAUGCAGACGUGGACGCUGCAGCUCGCCACAUCACCACCAUGUUCUUGACAAGCAAUGUGGACAAUCGGCUCAUAUUCCACCACUUUAUCACGGCUAUCGACACCGCCAACAUCCAAGCGGUUUUUCAGGUUGCCAUAGAACAGAUGAAGCACAACCUCGCAACAACUCAGCUCCUCUAACAGAUGAAUUAUUUUAAAUCCCACUUAAUUAUGCCACAUUUGUUUUAAAUUAUUUUAAAUAAAAUAUUAUUUUGUUAUGAUGUUGGUGGAUCUGUUCUGCCCCCACACACUGAAAAUUGUAAAUACAGUGCUAAGAAGACCUAUGAUGAAUGAAUUGUCAAUUUUGGUCCGCCAACUUUGGCAAAAGUAAAUUUGUGGAGCAUGUGUAACUAUUUUUUUUGGUGAAGGUGAAUUCUCCCAAUAUUGUUGAGUUGAAAUUAGUGACAGGAGACGUGAUGGUUGUUCAAUU